GCGGUAAUGCAUCAUUUAUUGGAUGCCAACUGCGGUUAAACCUCAUUGAAGAAGAGAUCGUAAACAGACGAGAAGCAUCCAUAUUUUUUCACAGAGAAGUCGUAUUUCAGCAAAACACCAUGGGGGCCGUUCUUGGACUGUGCUCCAUGGCGAGUUGGAUCCCCUGCCUGUGUGGCACUGCCCCCUGCCUGCUGUGCAGAUGCUGCCCCAGUGGGAACAACUCCACUGUCACCCGACUUAUCUAUGCCUUCUUCCUCCUUCUGGGUGUGGGCAUCGCAUGCAUCAUGCUAAUGCCAGGGAUGGAAGAGCAACUCAAGAAGAUUCCAGGAUUCUGUGAUGGGGGAAUGGGUACAUCAAUCCCAGGUGUGGAGGGUCAUGUCAACUGUGAUGUCUUGGUCGGCUACAAGGCUGUGUACCGUGUCUGCUUCGGCAUGUCUAUGUUCUUCCUGCUCUUCUCCCUCCUUAUGGUCAAGGUCAAGAGUAGCCAGGAUCCUAGAGCUGCAGUACACAACGGGUUUUGGUUCUUCAAGUUUGCUGCUGCGACUGCCAUUACCAUCGGUGCAUUCUUCAUUCCAGAGGGUGCCUUCACAACUGUUUGGUUCUACAUAGGAAUGGCUGGAGCUUUUUGCUUCAUCCUGAUCCAGCUGGUCCUGCUGAUUGACUUUGCCCACUCCUGGAAUGAGUCCUGGGUGGAGAAAAUGGAGGAGGGCAACUCUCGCUGCUGGUAUGCAGCUCUGCUGUCUGCUACAACCAUCAACUACAUCCUGUCCCUUGUGUCUCUGGUCAUGUUCUACGUCUACUACACCCACACUGACGGCUGCACUGAAAACAAGGCCUUCAUCACUGUCAACAUGCUGCUGUGUGUGGGAGCCUCAGUCAUGUCCAUCCUGCCACAGAUUCAGGAGUCCCAGCCAAGGUCCGGGUUGCUGCAGUCUUCCAUUGUAACUUUGUACACCAUGUAUCUCACCUGGUCUGCCAUGACCAAUGAGCCAGACAGGAAAUGCAACCCAAGCUUGCUGGGUAUCAUUGGCCUCAACAACACCACCCCAGCUGGCAAGGACCAUCCUGUUGUUCAGUGGUGGGAUGCCCAGGGCAUUGUGGGGCUGGUCCUGUUCCUGAUGUGUGUUCUAUACUCAAGCAUCCGAAACUCCUCUAACACCCAAGUGAACAAACUGACUCUGACCAGUGACGAGUCUGCACUGAUCGAGGAUGGCCCCCACCCUGAGAACUUUGACGUGGAAGACGGCGAGAACCGGGCCUUGGACAACGAGAAGGACGGAGUCACCUACAGCUACUCCUUCUUCCACUUCAUGCUCUUCCUGGCCUCCCUCUACAUCAUGAUGACCCUCACCAACUGGUACAGCCCCGACUCCAGCUAUGAGACAAUGACCAGCAAGUGGCCCUCUGUGUGGGUGAAGAUCUCCUCCAGCUGGAUCUGCAUUGCCCUGUAUGUGUGGACCCUGGCUGCCCCACUGGUCCUGGUCAAUCGAGACUUCGACUGAUGAGCUAAAGAAUUAGAGGGGGGCGCAAUCAUUUGCACAUGAUCAUGACUAUUCAAAAUUGUAUAAGGUGAACAAGCUCUGUGUGUGUGUAUUCCCCGUGGAUAACCCACCCUUUUUGUUUUUAACAAACGGCAUGCAUGCAAGUAUUGAGUACAUGUGUUAUCCACUGUCUUUUAUCCUAUUGCACAAUUUAAAGAAUGGAGAGGAUUACUUUUGCAGAGUUGGGGUUGUAAAGGUUGCUGGGGCUUGGGGAGAUGGUCAGUGGACAUGUGUUCAGUUAAAGAAGGGAGGACUCUUCCUCAACUGUAAUCGGUUCUGGAUAGGACAUUCAGAAAGAACUGUUAAUUUGUUACAAAAUGAGUAAGACUGCUUUGUUAAUGCUACACUUUCCUUCACUUUAAGUUAGGCAUAUGUAGAGGAAGUGCAGGGUUCCAGAUAUUAGCUAACAUUGUUAUCCUGGGUUCAUUUCCAUCAGUAAGCAUGAUUAACCAUUUGCAUGAUAUUAUAGGCUAAUCUACCAUCAUGUAAAUCGUAAUGUUGCUGUGGUUUCCUUUUCAGAAUAUCCGCCCCAAUUGCUAACCUGCAGCUUUACCUUUUGGCCAACUUGCACAUCUUGUAAUAAGACCCUCAUUUUUAUAUACCUUGUGUUACUUAUGAUUUGCACUAGUUAUCUUUUAAAGGUAAAAUACUGAUGUUCAAACAGUGGAUAAGUUAUUUUGUAGAUGCUUUAGCAUAAUUUAAGGUAUUAAGUGUUUCUAGCAGACGAUACAUGUCAACUCCCAUUUCUCCUGAAGUUUUUGCCUUUCGAUAUGUAUUAAAGUGCAUUGUAACCCAAA